AUGUUGUCGGCCAACGACGAACCCACGACUGGGAUCGACCCUACCGUCGUCGGUCUCUCCCGUGCCCCUGCUGGCAAAGCUGCGUUCAAGGACCACAUGGAGACCAGGCCGCGAGAGGGGAAGAGCCCAGAACGGUUGCAACACAUUUGGAUUAUCACGGGACCUGCCGGUUGUGGCAAGACUACUGUCGCAAAGGGCCUUGAGAAGGAGCUUGGGCUGCCCUUCCUCGAAGGCGAUGAUUUCCAUCCGCAAUCCAACAAGGACAAGAUGGGGAACGGGAUUCCCCUGACGGAUGCGGACCGGUGGGACUGGCUCAUUUCUCUCCGAGAUGCAGCAACCGAAAUCCUGUCGCCGUCACCGGCCAACAAUUACAACCCUCCCUGGGGUGUGAUCAUGUCCUGCUCGGCAUUGAAGCACAAGUACCGUGAUGUCAUGCGUGUUGCUGCCUACGACCACCCAUCCGUCCGAAUUCACUUCAUCUACCUGCGAGCCGACGAGUCGAUUCUGAUGGAGCGAGUCAACGACCGAAAGAGCCAUUAUAUGAAGAGCAGCAUGGUCCACUCGCAGGUGGAGACAUUGGAGGACCCUUCGCCGGAGCGAGAUGUCCUCACUGUCGACGUAGCCGCUCCUCCUGAUGAGGUGCAGAGGAGGGUUUCGGCGGCUGUGGCUGCCAAACUUGCUGAAUACGAACAGCAAUGA